AUGACCAAACGCAGCAGGAAGAGUAUGAGAUGUGUGCGGCAAGCGUGGAAGACAACAUUUCGCGACUGGGAUCAGUAUCGAUUGGCACAGGCUGUGACUCGGCACGAAGCCCAGGACGGCUGGCUGUUGGCCGUGGCCCCGACGGGCAUGGGCAAGACGCUGUGUACACUCGCUCACCUCCAGCCACGCAAGGUCGUGGUGUGGGUAGUCCCGCUUCGUGAGCUUGCCAGAGACUUGUGCCGCCGCUUCGAGCAGGCAGACAUUGUAUCGCAGUGGGCUAAGAAUGAUGGCCGCGACAUGCAAGUCAACGUUCAAGUGAUUGUCAUGACGGUCGACUUUUUGGUUGGCUAUGGGAUGAGGUGGGUGCAAACUCUCGUGCAGCAGAAGCGUCUGGCCAUGCUGGUGAUGGACGAGGUUCACACAAUGCUCGUGGACACCAGCUAUCGAGGGAGUCUUGUUCGCUGCCCAAGCCGGCUGGACCAUCUUCGCCAAGACCCAUCAGUCAAGUGUGUGGGCCUGACUGGCACGCUUUGCCCCAAAGAUGAGCGGGCUCUGCUCCAACAGCUGGAUUGCACGGAGGACGCUUCGUACCAGACCUUUCGUAUGCCAACCAUGCGAACCGAUCUUCGGCUAGCGGUGCAACAAGGAACAACAAAGGCAUUUGAGAUGUUUGUGGAACGCCACUACGACCUGUUGGAGCAAGAGGGCCGCGUGGAUCGCAUGCUGAUUUUUUGUGACACGAAGAAGCAGGUUGAGGCAUUGUCGACUCAGUUGGCACGCACGUUGGGUCACGAGCAGUCGCUGGCCGUGGAUGCUGACAUGUCAGCCGAAGACACACGAGCCGCUCUUGAGCAGUGGAGGAGCGGCACGCAGAGUUUGGUCUUGGUGGCCACAAGCUGCUUGGGCGCGGGCUUGGACAUGCCCAACGUCCGGAAGGUGAUCUGGUUUGGCAGCGGCUACAACGGCUACACCUUGUCGCAGGCCUUUGGCCGGGCUGGCCGCGACCGACGGGGUGGCAAGGCCACGCUAUGGAUACCACCAGGCACAGCGGUUUCGGAAGACCUGCAGCCAUUUGCAAGCAUGAAGCGCUGCCUGACCUUUGAGCUUGGCUGGCUGCUGGAUG